GUAGGGUGCAAGACAAGAAAUAAGUCACAAAUAUAUAAAAACCCAUCAUCGAAAUCAAAACUCUCAAACGGCACCGUCUAGUUCACACUUCACAAACACAGUUUUCUUCUUUCUGCAUCAUCAAUGGUGAGAGCUGUACCUAACACCGUUAACCCACAUGCUCGUACCGGAGUUCGUAUCGUCGUUGCCGGUGACCAAGGGACCGGUAAAUCAAGUCUCAUCAGCACCGCUUCCACCGAGAAUUUCCGUCCCAAUGUUGCUCCCGUUUUGCCUCCCACUACGCUAGCUGUUGAUCUUUAUCCUGAUCGUGUUCCUAUCACCAUCAUCGAUACUUCUUCUCGUGUUGCGGACAGCAAUCGAGUUGCUGAAGAACUACAGCGGGCUGACACCGUUGUCCUCACUUAUGCAUGUGAUAGACCCGAGACACUUGAAAAUCUAAGUACAGUUUGGCUCCCUCACCUCCGCAACUUAGAGGUGAAUGUUCCAGUUAUAGUGGUCGGUUGUAAGCUGGAUUUGCGAGAUGAAAAUCAGCAGGUGAGCCUAGAACAGGUGAUGUCGCCAAUAAUGCAACAGUUCCGCGAGAUUGAAACUUGCAUCGAGUGUUCGGCAUCUAGGCUUAUCCAGGUCCCUGAAGUUUUCUACUAUGCACAAAAGGCUGUUCUUCAUCCAACAGCUCCUUUAUUUGAUCAAGAAACACAAACUCUAAAGCCUCGAUGUGUGCGGGCUUUGAAGCGGAUUUUUAUUCUCUGCGACUCAGAUGGAGAUGGUGCCCUAAGCGAUGCUGAACUGAACGAUUUUCAGGUUAGAUGUUUCAACGCUCCUCUGCAACCAGCAGAAAUUGUGGGUGUAAAGAAGGUUGUGCAAGAUAAAUUGUCUGAAGGUGUUAACGAACGAGGACUUACUUUGACGGGAUUUCUAUUUCUUCAUGCCCUUUUCAUAGAAAAAGGGCGUCUUGAGACUACAUGGACUGUGCUCAGAAAGUUCGGAUAUAAUGAUGAAAUCAAGCUUGCUGAUGAUGCAGUUCCACCUUUGAAGCGCACUCCUGAUCAGAGUGUUGAAUUGACACAUGAAGCAAUUGAUUUCUUGAAGACAACUUUUGAAUCAUUUGAUGCUGAUUUGGAUGGGAUGUUGCGUCCCCGUGAACUUGAAGAAUUGUUUUCCACUGCCCCGGAAAGUCCCUGGAUCGGAAAUCUAUAUGAGGAUGCUGUUGAAAGAAAUGCAUUUGGAGGACUAUCACUUGAUGCAUUUUUGUCUGAGUGGGCACUCAUGACACUUCUAAACCCGUCCUUCAGUUUGGAGAAUCUGAUAUACAUAGGGUUCCCUGGUGAACCAUUAUCUGCUGUCCGUGUGACUAGGAAGCGACGCGUAGAUCGUAAAAAACAACAUUCAGAAAGAAAUGUAUUGCAGUGCUUCGUUUUUGGGCCUAGAAAGUCCGGAAAAUCCGCAAUAUUGAAUUCUUUCAUUGGAAGGCCAUAUUCUGAAGCUUAUAAUCCAACCAACGAGGAUCGUUAUGCUGUAAAUGUUGUUGAUAUAUCCAGGGAAAACAGAAAAUAUCUCGUGUUGAAAGAGAUUCCAGAAGGUGAAGUUGCAAGACUGGUGGCCGACAAGGAGUCUUUGGCCUCAUGUGACAUUGCAGUUUUUGUCCAUGACAGGUCUGAUGAGUCUUCAUGGAGAGUAUCAUAUGAUCUCUUGGUACAGAUUGCUGGUCAUGGAGAAAAUACUGGCUAUGAGGUGCCCUGUCUUAUAGUUGCAGCUAAGGAUGAUCUGGAUCCAUUUGCAUUGGCUAUACAAGAGUCAACUAGGGUUAGUCAGGACAUGGGAGUAGAGGCUCCUAUACCAAUCAGUGUGAAGUUGGGGGAUUUCAACAGUUUAUUCCGUCGAAUUGUAACUGCUGCCGAGCAUCCUCAUUUAAGCAUUCCAGAAACUGAAGCUGGAAAGACCCGCAAGCAGAUUAACAAGAUCUUAUCGCGAUCUCUUUUGUGUGUUUCAGUUGGAACGGCAGUGGCGGUUGUUGGGAUCGGUGCUUACAGGAUAUAUGCUGCAAGGAAGAGUGCAUCUGGUUAAAUGGCGAAGGCUUUGUGCAUGGGUUGUGAUAUAUACCUUGAUCUGGAUUUAGUCUGCUCUUUGGCUAAAGGCUUUAACAUUGAAGGCUUUUUUAAGCCAUCUGCAGUAGAGUUUGCAAUAUUUUUUAUAACUAUCACCACCUUCGGUUUAAUUUUUUAUCAAGGUUGAAUUAGGUUAGCACAAGUUUUAUACACAAAUUAUUGGAUGCUUCUUCAUCUUUUUAUUAGUCAGGGCCUUCAUGGUGAUAUAUAUAAUAACGUGUUAUACUGUUAAAAUGAAAACAUCGUCUUGCAUUUA